GGGGCGCAGUGGGCGACAGCUGAGAAGAGAGAGUCUGGGGAAGACCCUGGCUUCCCACCUGCUCCCGGAUUCCGGAUUCUCUUCAGGGAGAGGUCCUUACCUGAGGAAAGUGACUCUGGAAAGAAGCCAACAUCUAGAACUGAAAGUCGAACCUUUUUCUAUCCCCCGGCGUCCUAUACGAGAGACUUCGAGGACCUAGAGGUCCUCAAGUGCGGCGGGCGCACUGGACCUAGAGGGCCAAAUGUGGCUUUGGGGCCGCGAGUUCCCCACCCCCCCCCUGCAGCACUUGAGGACCUAGAGGGCCACAUGUGGCUUGGGGUCCGCAGUUUCCCCACCCCUGCCCUAAGGGCUAAACAACCUCCCACAGGUGUGGAGCAUUGAGGGAUCAGUCUCCACCAAGAGGACAUUCCUAUGGCCAUGAGGUAUGUCUUUACAUGCUGAGUUUGUUUCCCGGAGCUCUUCUGUAGAUGCCUGAUUCUCUCCAUUCAGGUUGUUACGAUCUUCUGUGAUAUAGCCAAAGCUUACUCAGUAUAAUCAAUCUGUCAGUCAACCAAUAAGCAUUUGCAGCAUUUGUAAUAAUCUUUUGGGGACAAAAGAAUGAAAUUUCAGCUGACCUUUUUUAUGCCCCUUGUGCUGUUUAGUCUCUCAAAAGCUCAAGAUGACUGCAGCAGUGGCUCUUGUCAUCCAAUCGUUGGUGAUCUUCUAGUGGGUCGCAGCGCCCAGCUUACGGCCUCUUCUACCUGUGGAUUGGAUGGACCACAGAAAUAUUGCAUCAUAGGCUACUUGGAGGAUGAACAAAAAUGUUUCAUUUGUGAUUCUAGAUAUCCAUAUAAUCCAUAUACACAAGCCAACAGCCAUGCAAUCGAGAAUGUCAUUACAACAUUUGAACCAGAGAGAAAAAAGAAAUGGUGGCAAUCCGAAAAUGGUCUUAAUAAUGUCAGCAUCAGACUGGACCUAGAGACCCUGUUUCAGUUCAGCCAUCUUAUAUUGACUUUUAAGACUUUCCGACCUGCAGCCAUGCUAGUUGAGCGUUCUGUGGACUAUGGCCAAACAUGGAAAGUUUUCAGGUAUUUUGCAAAAGACUGUGCUGCAUCUUUUCCCAACAUCUCAUCUGGCCAGGCACAAGGAGUGGAUGACCUUGUUUGUGAUUCCAAGUAUUCAGAUAUUGAACCCUCUACUGAAGGAGAGGUUGUUUUAAAAGCUUUGGAUCCCAGCUUUGAAAUAGAAAAUCCCUACAGCCCCUACAUACAGGAUCUAGUGACUCUUACAAACCUGAGGAUAAACUUUACCAAACUACACACUCUGGGGGAUACAUUGCUUGGAAGAAGGCCAACUGAUCCCCUUGAUAAGUAUUACUAUGCUGUUUAUGAUAUGGUUGUUCGGGGAAGAUGCUUUUGCAAUGGCCAUGCUAACAGAUGUGGCCCUGUGCAGGAUGUCCGGGGAGAUGUCUUCAGCCCAUCUGGAAUGGUUCAUGGUCAGUGUAUCUGCCAGCACAAUACAGAUGGCCCAAACUGUGAGAGAUGCAAGGAAUUCUUCCAUGAUGUUCCCUGGAGGCCAGCCGAAGGUCUCCAGGAUAAUGCUUGCAGAUCAUGUAAUUGUAACGGCCACUCUGAACGCUGUCACUUUGAUAUGUCACUGUACCUCUCAAAUAAUGGUGUCAGUGGUGGAGUGUGUGAAGACUGUCAGCACAAUACUGUGGGACAACACUGUGAUCAGUGCAAACCCCUGUUUUACAGGGACCUCCUCAAGGCAAUUUCAGACCCUCAUGCUUGCAUUCCUUGUGAGUGUGAUCCUGAAGGGUCAUUGUCUGGUGGCAUGUGUGAAAGUUAUCCAGAUCCAGCCCUGGGAAUCGAGGCUGGUCGAUGCCUUUGUAAAGACAACGUUGAGGGAGCCCAAUGUGAUCAGUGCAAGCCUGGCUAUUAUGGACUGAAUGCCAAUGAUCCUUUGGGUUGUCAACCCUGCAACUGUAACCCUUUCGGGAGUGUACCAUUCUCCACCUGCGAUGCGGUUACUGGCCAGUGCUUGUGCCAGCAGUUUGCUAUUGGACCCCACUGUGAAGAAUGCCUCGUUGGAUAUUGGGGACUUAAAAAUAAUCUACAUGGUUGUUCUCCUUGUGACUGUGAUAUUGGGGGUGCUUAUAGCAACCUGUGCUCCCCCCAUGACGGGCAAUGUGAAUGCCGCCCUCAUAUUAUUGGCCCUCAAUGCACAGAACCAGAACCCGGCUACUUCUUUGUGCCUUUGGAUUUCUAUAUAUAUGAAGCUGAGGAUGCCAUACCCAUCUCUAGAUCUGCACCUUUGAUAUUAGCAACAGUCAUACCCCACUGUGAAGUUUAUUUCCAGAAGCAAGGAGGUGGUUUCACAAUUGACAGUGGAAAUAUAAUAUUGGAGAGGAAUAAAAUAAAAAGUUCACAGGAACAGAGUGAAGUCACUGUGACUUUUGAUCAUGCUGUCAUCAAGGAGCCUAUUCCUGGGAAACCUGUUACAUGGACAGGGCCUGGAUUUUCCCAGGUUUUCAGUGGGACCAGCUUGAGAUUCACCAUCAACAACAUCCCCUAUGCUAUGGACUAUAUUAUUGCAGUUCGUUAUGAGCCUCAGUCUUCAGCUGACUGGGCAGCCCACAUAGUGAUUAACCCUUCUGGAGCUUCAAGAGGUGAACAUUGCAAAUAUAAAGCACUGCCACAAGAGCCUCAGACUCUGGCCUUACUGGCUUUUGUGAGAAUUGCACUUCUUGCCACACCAGUCUGCCUAGAACCAGAAAUGCAGUAUUCUGUAGAUGUUCAUUUUUCUCAGUCACAGACUCAUGGACAUAUUUUGAUUGAUUCGCUUGGCCUUAUUCCCCAAAUUGAUUCAGUAGAGAAUUUCUGCAACAAACAACAUUUAGAUGAACACCAACUAAACAACUGUAUUGAAAUUGCUUCCAAACCACAUCCUCAAAUUUUGCCUGACUGGUGUGAAAGACUUAUAGUUAGCAUAUCUGCUAGGAUACACAAUGGAGCAGUUGCAUGCCAGUGUCACCCUAAGGGUUCCAUAGGGUCAAGCUGCAGCAAACUGGGAGGCCAGUGUCAAUGUAAAGCCCACGUUGUAGGGCGCUGCUGUGAUCAAUGUUCUGAGGGAGCCUAUGGUUUGGGACACCAUGGUUGUCACUCCUGCGAAUGCCAUCCUCAAGGCUCCAAGAGCACCAUGUGUGAUCAGGUGACAGGGCAGUGCUCCUGCCACAGAGACAUCGAAGGUCGCCACUGUGAUCAGUGCUCGGCUGGUUAUUUUGGAUUUCCCAACUGCCAACCUUGUCCCUGCAAUGGGUUUACAGAACUUUGUGACCCAGAGACUGGAUCAUGCUUCAACUGCAGAGGAUUUACAGCUGGACAUAAUUGUGAAAGGUGCAUUGAUGGUUACUACGGAAAUCCUCUCUCUGGAAAACCAUGUCUUCCUUGUCAGUGUCCUGAUGUUCCUUCAAGUAAUCAAUAUUUUGCCCAUUCCUGUUACCAGAAUUCUUGGAAUUUAGAAAUAAUCUGCAACUGCCAAGAGGGUUAUACAGGUAUUAAAUGUGAUGAAUGCUCGACUGGUUUUUAUGGAAAUCCAAGAAUAUCAGGAGACCUUUGUCUACCAUGUGCCUGCAAUAACAAUAUAGAUAGAACAGAUUCAGAAUCAUGCAACGGGGUGACAGGAGAAUGCCUUAAAUGUUUACAUAACACUCAUGGGCCCAACUGCCAGUUCUGUAAACCAGGUUACUUUGGAUCAGCACUCACACAAAAUUGCAGAAAAUGUGACUGCAAUCCUUCUGGGGUGAACCAUACUACCUGUCCAAUGGGUGAUGGAGCAUGCCUAUGUGACCCAACAACAGGAUCAUGUCCUUGCUUGCCAAAUGUCAUAGGUUUGGCCUGUGACCAAUGUGCCAAAGGGUACUGGAAUCUGGUCCCUGGUAGAGGAUGUCAGUUCUGUGAAUGUGACCCCCAACGUUCUCAUAAUACUCAUUGUAACCAGUUUACAGGCCAGUGCCCUUGUAAAUUGGGAUAUGGUGGAAAACAUUGCAACAAAUGUGAGGAAAAUUACUAUGGAGAUCCCCAGGUGCAAUGCAUUGAAUGUAAGUGUAACAAGGAAGGGACACAGACGCCCAUCUGUGACCAGGAAACUGGUUCCUGCCUGUGCCGAACAGGUGUCAUGGGCCAGUUCUGUGAUCGUUGUGCCCGGGGUCAUUCCCAGGAAUUUCCCACAUGUCUUCGAUGUCACUUGUGCUUUGAUCAAUGGGACAAUAAGAUUUCUUCCCUCUCUGAGGCUGUACAAGGGUUAAUUAGGUUGGCUGCAAACUUGGAAGAUAAAAGAGAGACCCUGCCUGGCUGCAAUGCAGACAUCAAACGCCUAGAAGAUAGCAUGUCUGAAAUAGAAAGGAUUUUGAAACAUCCUGUUUUCUCAUCUGGGGAAUUCUUAAACGUCAAGGAUUAUCAUGACUCUGUUAGAAUACAGGUUGAACAGAUAGCCCAACAACUGAAUAAAGCGUAUGAUUUCCAAGACCUGAAUGGAACUGUGAUGGGCAUUGGGAAAGAAGUGGACAAUCUACUCAAAGACCUGCAGAAGAAAGUGCACUUGUCCUCCCAUGUCGGCGAUUCCAGCAUCAGGGAUGCCUCGAAGAUCAAGAAAUAUUAUCAGAUGUCAUUAUCUAUGGAACAGAAAAUUAAUGAGACAACUCUUAUCAUGAAACAUUCUGAAAAUACCAGGAAUGAUUUGCUUACUAUGAUAGAUGGACUAACCUCAAAAGCAGACUUCUCACUAGAAAAAUUAAAACAGAUUCAGACUCCAGAUAUCCAAAAAUUGAAUGAAAAGGUAUGUGGAAUACCAGGUAACUUGUCAUGUCUUCUUGCGCCCUGUGGGGGAGCUUUGUGUAAAGAUGCUGGCGGGCACAGAAUUUGUGGAGGUCCAAGCUGUAAUGGUUCUCUAGGCCUUUCAGGGGAUGCUGUCAAGAAAUCUGAGGAAACUGAGUCUAUGAUUAAUAAUCUGACCAACCAGCUACAAGUGUCAGAAAAUCAGAUAAGAAACAUAACAAAACUAACUCAACUUACUAAGACCAAAGCCUUGCAGCUAACUGAGAAGCUAGAGAAUAUGAAGGACCAAAUAGAGCUGGGACAGCAAAGGACAAAAGCCCUCCUCCACAACGUGAAGGACUUUCUGCUAGAUGAGAACGUCCCACCAGAAGACAUAGAAAAGGUUGCAAAUCAUGUCCUGGACCUCCACCUCCCAAUAACUUUACAAAAUCUAACUAAGGGGCUUGAUAAAAUAGAGUUGCUUACGAAACUCUGUGAGGAUGACCAUGCAACAACAGAGAGCAGGCUAAAACUAAAAGCCACAGAAGUCCAGAAACUUUUAGCAAAGUCUAAAGAAGCUGAGGAAGCAGUAAACACCCUACUAAACCUGGAAGAAAUGCUGAAAAACUUGCAACAUGCUGAAAGCGUCCAAGGGCAAGCAAACUCUACUAUUAAAAAGCUGACUGAUGAGAUACAAAAAAUUGAAAUGACCAUAUUGAAGGCUGAAAACUUCACCAAUAAGACUGAUGAUGAAUUGGAACACAUAGCAAGCCAACAGUCUACACUGGAAGAUGAAAUCUCUACCCUGCAAACCAAGAUACAAAGGACACGAGACAGUGCCAUCAGUGCAAAAGCCCAGGCAGAAUCAGCCCAGGGUCAAGCUCACAUCACUGAGAAGGAUCUCAUCGACCUAAAAAAACAAUUUACAGUUCUUCAAGAUAAGACAAACUCUAAAGGAUUUGUGAAGGGAACACUCAGUAAAGUAAAACAGCUAAAAGAAGAAGCAGAAAAAUUGGUUGGGGAGACAAAGGAAAAAAUGCAACGAAUAAAAGAUUUAGAAAAGAAGAUCCGGGUCUUAAAUCAAACCAAGCAAGAGAAAGUCAAUCAACUAAAGCAACUAGAAAAUCAUGUUAUAGCCAUUAAAAAUGAAAUUGCCGAACAAGAAAAUAAAUAUGCUACCUGCCACAUCUAGGCCAUUUUAGAGGGUUAGAGUUGCCUCCUUAUAUUCUGGCUGCUGAUUAAAGCCCCCUGCUUAGAAUUAUAAAGUCCUGGAAAUUGGAAUGGCUCUCAGAAGUCAUUUGUACAACUCCUCCCCAAAGCAAGAAUUUCCAUUUACAACAGCCACCAGAAAUCGAGAUCAGAAAAGCUAUUGCGAUGUCAGGUAAGCAGGGCUGGAGCUGUCUCUGUAACAUCAGUCUGUCUGUAGUUUCCCCACCCUCUGUACUGCUAUUUCUUGGUAUUGAAGUAGACAGAGGAAUUAGAGCCAGGAAAAUGUCACUUUUUCUGAAAAUAAGAAAGGACAAACAAAAGGUUUUCAAGCAUCUUUUUCCUCUUGACAUUUUUCUCUUCUGUUAGUUUAAAAGGAGGAGGUGGGGCAGAAAUUAGGUAUGCAAAACAAUUCUAUUUAAAUAAGCAUAGAUUCAGGCUUAUGCUGUUUCUGGUAAAUGAACUUUAAUUUUUAUUGAAUUACUAUAUUCUGGAUGGAAUCAAUAUUCCAUAUAUAAUUACCAAGAAUGUAAUAGAUUUCCUGUUAAUUUCUGUUUUGAGUUUAUUGUUCACAUUUAUUCUAACAA